AUGACAGUAGACUUCUUCUCGGGGAAUGUCUCCAAGAUCAGAGUUCAAGAUCAGGAGUUUAGUGUUAUCAAGCACAUAUACUCUUCUACCACCCUCUUUGGCCGUGGCACCCAUACCUUCCUUGUCCGAGACAAGGAUGGGAACUCCCACAUCCUCAAGGACGCUUGGCUUAUCGCUAAUCAGGGAAUGUCUGAAAUAGACAUUCUAUCAUCUAUCAGUGACAAGCUCCGGGCAGACUUGAGUCCAGAUGCUCAGAAAUUUCAUUCAAUACAUCCUCGAUUUAUUGUGGGUGAGGAGAUUGGGGACUCUACCCAGAAACAAAGAGGAAGACUGCCUGACCCACCCCUAGAACACCUCCACCGUCGGGUAGUGACUGGUCCUGUUGGGGACACCUUAACCUCUUUCCGCUCUCGUGAAGAACUUGUCAAAGUGCUCCUGGACUGUGUUGAUUGGCUUGAAUUUCUGCACAAAAAAUGCGAAAUGGUUCAUGGUGACAUCAGUGUCAAUAACAUAGUAAUUUACCGCUCUCCCCUCCCACACUCUCCCCCAAAGGAUCAGCCAUUGGUGCGCACUACUCAGGCCAGUGUGGUGACAACACACGCAGCAUUCAUGCCUGCUCCGACAGAAGGGGUAAUGGAAGAUCUUCCAGUUUCUGGCAUUGUUAUUGACUAUGACUAUGCUCGUAAAAUUGGCACCACCACAGGGAAGAUAACGGGCACCUUGCCUUUCAUGUCGCUUGCCUCAUUAGACAAAAAUAACCAUGGAAGCUAUGUCCAUAAUCCAGCUCAUGACCUUGAAUCGCUUCUCUACACAGCUCUUGGCAUUGUCACCUUCACCUCAGGACCCUGUGGCCAACUCCGUUCACCCAAUGACCAUGUUCCUCUGGCACGGUGGUACAACCAGAUCGAUAUUGAGCAGCUACGCAAGGAUAAAGCGAUCGAUUUGAUGCACUGUGACUCAGAGAUCAUCAAAUACAUCCCUGAUUAUUGGCAGCCCUUCUUGCCUUACCUUUCUCGUCUUGUCAAGGCUACAUGA